AUGACUAGUAUGGAUCAACCCAUAAAUUCAACGCGACUAUGCAUCCAAGUCGCGCGGAUGCCACAAUUGGCCGAGGCGAUAACGAAGGAAGAUGACUGGACUGGUACCACAGACGCUGCAGCACGAAGACGGGCUCAGACUAGACUCAACACAAGGGCAUACCGAAAACGGAAGGCCCUUGCGAAGAAAGCUGGAGCACCAAAUGCUGCGACCGGGAAACUAAUCAAAUCAGAAACCCUGGUGAAAUGCUGGAACAUAAAGCAAGAAUAUCUCUCCGCAGUCCCAGCAUCUCAUGCCAAGCAGCUAUAUAAUACGAAAAGUCCCCUGCUGCCACAUAAACUUAGAAAAGAGGAGUGGAAUAUUAUAUUCCCACUUUGUCCAGACCACCUCAUCACACUCCUCCAACUCAACGCUCUACGCGCCCUGGCCACCAACCGGACUCUAAUAUCAGGGAUCCUCGUCACGCCUCUGGACUGCGGCGAGGAGAUUAUCCAUGUCUUGCCAUACCCUACAAAGCCUCAACUACUCCCUUCGGCACUCCUGCCCACGAUCCUCCAGCAAACGGUCCCACACAGCGACUGGAUCGACAUGUGGCCGUGUCCCGAGGUACGAGACCGCCUGAUCCAAGCCGCUGGCACCUUCGACGAGGACGACCUAUGGGCCGACUGUAUUGGUGGACUGUACGAGGGCUUCCCAGAUGAUGAAGUCGAGCGACGCGGGAUGAUUGCGUGGUCCCCGCCAUGGGACAUCACGGGGUGGGAGAUGUCGGAGGGGUUUGUGAAGAAAUGGGGAUGGUUAGUUCAAGGGCUGCCGGGACCAUUAGAGGCGACGAAUCGGUGGCGGAUGGAGAGAGGUGAGGAUCCAUUUGUCCAAGACGACUACCCAUCACGUGCAGCUGUGUGA